UCAAGUCUAGCUGCACGCACGAGAGUGGAGUUGGAGUCGUCGGCAAUAUUUCGUGACGCUUUUUUUGCUCGGUUUUUUGGACACACACACACACAGAUCUUUUGGCAGGCCUGCCCGGCAUCGCGUGUGAUUGAAAUUGAAAAUUUAAAUUUAAAAUCAAAAAAGGAAACAUCUAAAUCUAAAGUGCAAGCAUUGAAUGUAAGACUGUCGCCAGCGAAGAGCUUAUAUUCAACAGUGUUUAAUCAAGUGCCAAGUGCUUAACUAAAUUAUCAAAUCAAAUAUAUAAAAUGAUGCAGCGCAACGCUCUACUACCUCUGGCCCUGAUGCUGAUCUCCUGUGGAGCGGCAUUUGCCUGCCAUGGCAAGCUAAUCGCAUCGGGCAUCAGCACCGAGGAGAGAUCAAUCAUCUUGCAGGAACACAAUCGCCUCAGGCAACUCGUUGCCACCGGCCGCUAUCCGGGCCAGCCGGGCGCCGAGAAUAUGCGCGAGAUCGUCUGGGACGACGAGCUGGCCGCCCGCGCCCAACAAUGGGCCGACAAUUGCCAGUUCCGACACGAUCCGCACCGCACAAUAAAUCGCUUUACCAUGGGCCAGAAUCUGGCUGUCAUAUGGAGCACUGUACCGCUGGAUGCGGACGAUGGUGAUUUUCCGUCGCGCAUUCAGAACUGGUUCAAUGAGGUGCAAAAGUAUUCGUUCGGCGAUGCCUGGUCGCCCAAGACGGGCCACUACUCCCAGCUGGUGUGGGGCGAGACCAGCCUGGUGGGCUGUGGCUUUGCCGAGUACAAAGAUAACGUCAAGUACAACAAGCUCUACGUGUGCAACUAUGGACCAGGUGGCAACGUUGUUGGCUACAAUCCCUAUGAAGUGGGCAAGCCAUCAUGCGCCACGUAUGGCAUGAAGCCAUCGGCACGGUAUCAAGGACUCUGCGCGGCGCCAGGUGCUGCGCCCGCGGCAACGAACAGCGUCUAUGGCGGCAACACAAUUGAAACGUAUGAAUACAGCUACAGUUCUUCAGCUAGCAACAGCAACAGCAACAACAACAACAAGCCGACUAACAACAUUAACAAGAGCCUAUUAGCAAACAGCAAACAGAGCAACAGCAACCGAAACCAAAAUAAUCCCAAUCAACAAUUUACCCACUCCUCCUCCUCCCAAUUCCCUAAACAGGCAGCGCCAGCAGCAUCGACGACGUCCGGCGGCAGCUCCUUUGGCACCAAGGCGCGUGGCAGUAGCCAGGCCUAUACCACAGAGAGGAAUCAACAGCUUUCCGGCAGGUAUCAUCACAAGCUCGAGGCAUAUCGUCCAAGUGCAGCGGAAUUUCAGAAGUCCGUACAGAAGCAUACCAUUCUACGCACCUAUAUAGAUCAGAAUCCGAGCGAGCAGCAGCAACAGGAUCGGCAGCGGCAGCGGCAGCGGCAGCGGCAGCGGCAGCGGCACCAGAGGCCGAAUGCAGCCAGCACACCAAAGCCGAGUCGUGGCUGGAGCCUUUUGAGUUGGCGCGGCUAGAAGACAGAUGUCGUAGAUACUCGACUACUAUCUACUGCCUCACCUACUCUCACUACCCAGCACUGCCAUGCAACCAAUAUGCCGCAGAAUGUAUUAGCUCACCCGCCCAGUAAUAACUACUAUGUAGUGUCAUUAGAACCAUCUUCGACUCCCAGUUUCCCAGCAGACUAUUUCUACUACUCUAACUGUCCACUAAUAUGUAGCAAAUGAUAGGCUCUUACUCUUAUUUAAACAUUCCACAUAACAACAAAACCCAAUUGCCAUAUGAUGUAGCAUACAUAUUCUCUAGCCUUAGCAUCAUUAACUUUGCAAUUAUGCUUACAUAUGCCUUAAAUUAUUUAUAUUGUAUUAUUGAUAACAUCCAUCAUUCAGUCAAUCAACUACCGAAUAUUUGUAUCAAAUGUUUGUACCAAGAAAAAAAUUAAGAAAAAGAA